CAAACGUCUGCCGGCGUUCGAAGAUGAAAUAUCAAUUCUACGCCUUUACGGCUUCUCUUCAAUUCAUUUUUUUCUCAAGUACCACAGAUAAAACAUUAGCUGAAUACGUUUGUCCCGGAAAGGAAUUCUCUCCGAAAUGUAAAUCCUCCACCCGGAGUGAUUCGGCUAACAAGGAAUACGUGUUAAUUAGAUCAGCUAUAUAUGGUCAGCUAUACAACUCGGAAUGUCCUCAGAUGGACGACAUUGAAAUAGACGACGUCUGCACUGCCAAUGUCCUACCAAAACUCGAUUUGCUUUGCUCCGGUCAGGAAACGUGCCAAGUGAACGUUCCCGAUGAGAGCCUCGACUCUUCUAAGCCGUGCACCAAUAUGAGGUUAAGGAUGGCUUUAGGAGUGGAUUACGAAUGCAUAAGCGCCGCGACUUGCUCUUUCAACGGCGAAACUCAGUUGUUGCAGGUUUCCAGUCCUGGUUAUAUUCUCGCCUCCCUUACCCACGGUUUCCGGUACCCUUGCACAUUUCGGCUGAAAACUCGUGAGGGUUAUAAUCUACAUUUGCGCUUGAUUGAUCUGGCGACCGAUAAAUUCAAUUAUACGCGCUCCAAAAAUUGCAUUAGAUAUGCUCAUGUCCGAGACGGUUCCCUCGAAAAGGAAAUUUGCGGAGGUUCCAAUAGGACGUCCGAACUUUGGAGAAGUCGGUGGAAUACAGUUGAUAUACUUAUCGCUGAUCAAAUAACUCCUCCUAGCAAACAAAACAGCCGAUUCCUCAUCUACUACGAGCCUCGCCGAUCAUGUCCAGAAGUAAAAGCUCCAUCUGGUGGCUGGUUAAAAAAAUUGUCUACAAAUUUAGCGUUAGGUUGUAAUGAUUCAACAGAAGCUAGAUGGAGCUUAAGAUGCGAAAACAGCAUAUGGGUAGGACCAAAAGCGGAAGAGAGAGCUUGCCCUGAAACUGCUGGGUCAAAAAGUGAAUUAGGAGGGAUCCCACAUGGUUUGUAGUUGUUGUAAAAACGUUUAAAUGAGAAGGAAAGAGAGAGAGAGAGAUAAAAAACAGAUUGCACAAAAGAUAUAGUCAGUUGGAAAAGAGAAAAUAGGAAUAUUUAUAUUAAUAAUACUACAAAACUGACAAGAGUAAUAAUUGAAAUGCUAAUUUAUGUAAAUUUAAAGAGAGUCCAUUUGAUUAAGAUACCACAUUUACUUUUUCAGGUGUUUUAAUAGCUUUAAUAAUAGCGGCGUCUCUUAUUUUGGGUGUGAUAAUUCUAGUUGUUGGUCUAGUCUAUUUAGAGUGGCAAAAGGGUAAAAGGUUGAAAAAAGAAGCUUUAGCGUGGAUAUCUUCAGAAUCCAAAUGCAAACAGCAUACAUUACCUCCAAUUCCAACUUUACGUAAAGAGGAGCAUACAUAUUCAGAUAUCUCAGACUGCAAUAUUCAUCCUCAACAUCCAAAUCAACAACCUUAUUGCCCUCAGCAUUACUUCCAAUUGCAUUCGGGCUUGAAAAAGGACGAUGGCACUUUGGGCGAAAGAAUAUAAUAAAAAUAAACAAACAAACAAACUGGACUUCAAUUUUUGUACAUAAAUUAAAAAUGUUAUACAAGAAGAAUAUGAGGAAUUUCUUUCUAAAUUCAUAAACAAAAUAAUCAUUUAAUCUCUCUCCUUUUCUACAAUACAUAUGAUGAUUUAAAGCGUCGAUAUAUAGACGCUACCAGAAUGAGAAGCAUCAUAGGCGUCUUUUUUUAAAUUAUUGAUAUAUAUGUACAAAUAAAUACUUUUUUCGUUUCGUUUGUGUUUUAAUACUGUACUUUUCUUCUUUUUUUGUCAAAAAAUGACAUAAAGCAUUGACGAUUAAAAUAAAUAUGAAUAUAUGAUCUUUCU